AUUAAUAAAUUUAUGAAAUAAAAAAAAAAGUAUAAACGAAAAAAAAAAAUCUUCUUACCACCAUCGACUGAAUGUCACUCUCACUCCCCUCCCACCAUCGACCGCUCAAACCCCCCUCGUGGCCACACUCCGGCUUCUGUUUGCGUCAGCAACGCCACCAAAAGGAAGGUCUCCCCAUCCUCUUCAAUUUCCGCGAUCAAGAUUUCCGAGAACCUAGCCCAAAGUGCUCAAAAUCAAACCUUUAGCCUCGACCUGCCUAUGCUCCUGUUGAUCCGACUUGAUUUUCUAACUUCAACUCGGAUCUCUCUUCUCUUUUUUUUUUUUUUUGUUUGCUGAGAUUUUGGUUCAUGGUUUCUUAUCAUUUGGUAUCUAUUAUUGUUUUGGGUAUUUUGGUUUGAUUAAGUCUCGAGUUUGGUAAAAUGGGUCAAGGUUUGAGGAUGAUGGUGAGGUUCUUGAUGAGCAACAGUGCAGGGGCCUUACUGGUUGAUAGUGAGUUGUUAGGAUUAUGGGUUGCUGGUUGAUGGUGAGCUGUGAGGAGUAUGGGUUAAAUGGCAAUGGAGGGUGCGCAAGAGGUGUUGGGUGGUUCGGUGGUGGUGAGUGCACAGGAGUUGGGUUUAAAGGUGAUUGAUGAUGGGUUAAUGGUGGUGUGAAUGCAAAUGGUGGAGUAUUCGAAAGGAUAAUGGUGAAACCAUGUGGGGCUUAAUAGUUGCCUGUAAUUGAUGCCAAAGAGGUGGUCUGGCUUGAUUGAUGGUUGCCGGAAAAUUAAGUUUUUUUUUUAAUUUCUUAAUUCUUUAAUUUAUUCAAAAAAAAUCUGAUCCAAUCACAUGUCGUCAUGUGGAUUAAUCAAACAACUCAGGAGUUGGCCUGAAAGGAAAUGACAAUUACAGGGGCCCAAUUGAUUGAUUGUUAAAUUCAAUUAAGAGACUUUUCAACCAGGGUUCAAUUGAUUUUUAAAUCAUUAAAAAUGGGCCUUAAUAGUACUUUAGCAAAAUUAGAAAAAGAAAAAAACAGAACAGAACAGAUGGCUAUAUUAGCAAUUACAGCUCGAACGGUGCGUUUGAGUGGCCGAUUGUCUUUGACUCAUUUCACAAUCAGCUCUCUCAGACUAGCCGUUGCCUUACUUUCUCGUAGUCGUAGACUCGAACUGACUGACACUCUCACUAGUCACUGCAAUCUACCGAAAAUUCCAGUUUUGUAUUGCUCAACCUGUUUUCUUUCACCUUCUAAUACUAUAAUUUCACCUUAUUUUCACAAAUUUUAAAACAUAAAAUAUCGUCUCUUUCCCCCUUCCCAUCAUUAACCCUAAUUUGUUUGUGAAAAUGCCUGAACAAGAACCUGCUUUCAUUUGAGAAUUAAGAUCCUAAAGCUGUAACUUUUUGUCUCAGUCUUGAUUAUUGGCGUCAUGUUUCUUCGUCGACUUGCUGUGAUAGUUCCUCGCUCUACAAGGUUCUUCAGCAGUAAAGGUAGCCUUGACCUUGGAAGCACCAUAGCUGAACUCAAUGAGGAAAUGGAAUCUGUCUUUGGUGAACCUCCUCCAGAAGGACUAGCCAAUUCUGGAAAUAGAAGCUGCAUGGCUCAAGAUGCCCACCAUAACGCUCAUGUUAUUUUGGGUUCUACUAAUGAUAAGUUUGCAGCUCAAGAACUGAGCUCUAUAUCUCAUCAUUUAGGUGAAAAUAAGCCUGGUCUGUCCCAUGUUGGCAGCACAGGGAAAGCCCAAAUGGUAGAUGUCUCACCCAAAGAAAAUAGUAGCAGAACUGCUAUUGCUAGUUGUAAAGUAGUUUUGGGGAAAAAGGUGUUUGAUUUGGUCUUGGCCAACCAGAUGGCUAAGGGGGAUGUUCUUACUGUGGCAAAAAUUGCUGGCAUAAAUGGGGCAAAGCACACCAGCACUCUCAUCCCUUUAUGCCACAACAUCACUUUGGCUCAUGUUCGUGUUGACCUAAGACUCAAUCCUGAGGAUUUUAGUGUUGAAAUAGAAGGAGAAGCGGCUAGCACAGGUAAAACUGGGGUUGAGAUGGAAGCAAUGACAGCUGUGAGUAUAGCGGGAUUAACCGUGUAUGACAUGUGCAAGGCCGCUUCAAAAGAUAUCCAGGUCACAGAUAUACGGCUUGAGCGUAAAACUGGUGGGAAGACUGGAUAUUGGUGCAGGGAGGAAUAAGAUUUUGAGGCAGUGCUGCCAAAAUGUUAUGGGUUAAGUGUUUUAGUAGAUAUUUGCAUUUUUUUAGCGGAAUGGUAGUAAUUUAUGUUCUUUUAAACAUGAAACUUGGUGGCUUAUUUCACGUUUUCAUUAAAAUUUACAAUAAAAGGAGGCAUUACGUGUAA